AAACGGUCACCAUUACCAGGUUCAGUGAUGCGUGGAACGCCAGUUUUGAUGGCGUGCUCACUCAGCGCCGUCGUCGCGUCUCCUCCCGAUCGACACGUCCACCCUCGGAAAGCUGCCACAUCGACUCGCCGUCCACUGCGGUCGCUGGUCUUCUCAUCUUCAAUAUAAUAAUAUACGCUCGAAGAGCAACCGUCUCUCUCCUCUCGCUCAUCUGCGGAAUCCACAAUUUGCCCUGGUUCUUGCCCCUCCCAUGAUUGCUCCUUGUCGCGGCACCAUAAAGUUGGAACCUUUGGUGAGUUUUGUUUCUUCUUGCCCAUAAUUGUCGAUGAAUCACCGGUUGGGGAUAUAGAAUAUUCCGUUGGAAUCAGAUGCUUGUUGACUAGUUCAGCUGCUUCUGUUGUUGCCAGAAGGCUAGCUAUUGGUCUCAGAUCGUCAAUCGAUAGAUAAGAGUAGCAGUUCGUUAGAAGUGGCAGCGGAUGACGAAGAUGGCAGCAAUCACUGAUUUGACUCCUCCUUUGAGCAUUACGAACAGUCGGCGCAGUAGCGAGAAGAAUGGCGGACCCUCCCCUGAGGCUGAGAUCCGCGAAGUACCGGAAGGAUCAAGAUCGAUGAAAGCCGCGAGGCCGCCUCGCUCUUCGAUUCGGCAUAGUGUAAGCGCCGCACAGUUGGACGUCGCUUCUGAAUCUGAACUGAAUAUCGGUAGUUUAGGCUUCAUGUCUCUUUCAAAUCGGAGUUCGGAGUCCUCUCCACGGCUCCGUUCUGGAAGCUGCACAGCGAUUGGCGGGAAGCAGAGCAUGGAAGAUGAGCACAUCUGCAUCGACAACAUUGAAGAGCAUAUUGGAGAAUCUGCAGAUAUCUCAUUACCAGGAUCUUUCUAUGGGGUUUUUGACGGUCAUGGUGGAAAAGAUGCAGCCUUUUUUGUUCGAACAAACAUCCUGAAGUUUAUAAUUGAAGAUGAUAAUUUCCCAAGAUGUAUUGCCGAGGCAAUCAAGAGUGCUUUUGUGAGAGCUGAUUACGCCUUUUCGGAUGCCUCUUCUCUUGACAUCACCUCAGGCACCACAGCACUUGCCGCCCUUAUUUUUGGAAGGACUGUGUUUAUUGCCAAUGUUGGCGAUUGUCGAGCAGUGCUAGGUAGGCGUGGCAGAGCAGUGGACCUGUCCAGGGAUCACAAACCCAGUUGUAGCACGGAAAGGCUUAGAAUUGAGAAGCUGGGAGGUUAUGUUGAUGAUGGAUAUCUAAAUGGGCAGCUCUCGGUCGCACGAGCACUUGGUGACUGGCACAUGAAGGGAUCUAAGGGUUCUUUGUGUCCCUUGAGUGCAGAGCCUGAGCUACAGGAGACAGUCCUUACUGACGAAGACGAGUUCCUAAUUAUGGGCUGUGAUGGACUUUGGGACGUAAUGACCAGCCAAUGUGCUGUGACAAUGGCCAGGAAAGAGCUCAGGUCACAUAAUGACCCGACGCUGUGUUCUCAAGGGUUAGUUCAGGAGGCGCUCAAGAGGAACUCCGGCGACAAUCUAACAGUACUUGUUGUAUGUUUUUCACCAGACCCACCGCCUCUAAUUCACAUCCCGAGACCUACAGUUCGGAGAAGUAUAUCAGUGGAAGGCUUAAACUUCCUCAAAGGAUUCCUGGAAAGUAAUUGCUGAAAGCAAUGGGGGGUGGUAAAGAAGUGCUCUCAGUUUGUUAGUUUCUUCUUUCUGUACAAAUUUGGUCUCAUCCUUUUUGGCACUUAAGUCUAGUGCUGCUUUCUGUAAACUUUUGUAAUGUUUCAGUGAUGUUGUUGUCAUCCAGCGCUUCACAAUGUCAAGGGAUGCUUUUUUGU